UGGUGAAACUAUCAUUACCCCGCCAGCUCUACAUCAUCGGCUUAACCAGUAGACCAGCACUUAAAAUCUUCGAUGGCUCAGUGCAGACUCUCACAACAAAGUUGCCUGCGGGAAGGGCAUAGAUGGAGAAAUACCUGCUCUGGAGGAUCUCCCGCCCGAGUGCUUCGAGCCCGGUUUCGCACCUGGUAUGCAUCCGGCGAUUGCGGAAGACCUCUCUAAAUUCUGGCCGAUCUUGUACGAUGCGCUGUUCGAGACGCUAGGGUCUGAGGCUGCUUGGGUGAAGAAGGUGGUGCCGACGAUGACCUGUGCUGGGCCCGUCAAAGAGGAUGAUGGUGGGGGGUCUACUCGUCUGACUGCUCAGAUUGCGGAGAACAUGAAGGAGAACAAUGCAGCGCUGCUUGCUCGCAGGAACAGGAACGGUGCUUCGAGCUCUGGUAGCCGGACUUCAGGCUCUGAUGAGAAGAGCAAGAAGUCGGCUGGAGGUAGUAGCGAGACUUCUGGACCGAGCAGCGGCUCGCCUGAGGAAGUGAGCAAGAAGAUGGCACAGCAAGUCGCUCGCGCUCCAAAGCGUGCUCUCGUCGGCAAGCACAACCCUGCUCCCCGUCAGCCCGCUCCAAUGCAGCACCGCCCGAAGCCGAAUCCCCAACCUACCCGUCUCCCGAAGAAAAUCCCCGCCAAGACCGAGUACAAUCCAGAGUACAACUCCCUCGCGGACAACACUACCCGCCGAGAGACUUACGAGCUUUACACACGGUCCUUCAAGAUCAAGUAUCAAGACAUGAUGGGGAAGGAGGGUCGGAACCCGAAGUAGGGGGCCAAAGACCACGGUAGCUGGAUGACUGGAAGAGCAUAUCAAUGCUUCCGGGUGGCUUCGAUGGGAUUUUUCCCUUGCUGGUAGAGGGUUUAUGGACGACUUUCUUGCUUUGGGAGGCGAGACCUGACUUGGGUCGUAUGGACUUGAAUGGAACGGAAGUGAUACCCUGGCUUUCAGCUUCUCAAUAUACAUAGCGUGCGAUAAAAAUUCACCUC